AUGGGGAGCUGUGCAUCCAAGUCCUGCGACUGGUGCUGGAUGACGAGGAAGGUGCUGCAGGCCACAGCGACGACGGCGAGGUGGGGGCAUCAGGGCGCGGCGGCGGUGCACCCCUGGACGCCGCCCGAGGUGCCGCCGGGCCAGCGGGUCACCGUGCGCAUGCGCGCCAGCGAGUUCCGCGCGCUGGCCGCCGUCCGCAGUAGCAGGACCGCAGACGACGUGGGCGAGGGCGACGGCGACGUCGCCCGCCUCAUCCUCGACGGGUGCGCCGCCGGCCGCUGGGCGUGGUCGCCGGCGCCGGAAUAG